AGUAGCUCAAUAUUUCUCCUUGACCCUCAGCUCUUUCCUGUAAGAGAUAAAAUCUCCAAGCUCCGCAAUCCUUGCACCCAUGCCACACAUAGAUGUUCAGCAGCAGCUUCAUCCAUCUUGUGCCUUCAAUAUCCUUGCGAAAACCAACACAGACCGAGAGACAAGUGGCGGAUGAAUAAUGGAAGUGGACGACAAUAUCGACCUAUCUAGCCGAGCCAAUGUCGAGAACCACGUUUCAAGAGAGCGCAGCUCAAAUCCAGAAGACGAUAUUCAAGAAUACAAAUACAACUAUCUAACGACGCAAAAUGGGAUAGAAGACAUCAGCAGAUAUAACAAAGGUGGAUUUCACCCCAUCCAUCUUGGUCAUUAUCUUGAUAAUAGAUUUGAAGUUUAUCAUAAGCUAGGAAGCGGUGGCUUUGGGACUGUAUGGUUGUGCUGGGACCGUCAACUAUCGAAAUGGAGAGCAGUCAAAGUGAUGACCGCGGACCACUCAUCGGACUCCGCGGAAGCUAAAACAUUCGACUUUCUCACACAAAAUUGCACCCUCGACGAGCUCGACCAGAACCACAUAGCUGUCCCACUGGAGACGUUCUGGAUUGACGGGCCUAACGGUCGUCACCUCUGCCUAGUCAUGCAGGUGUAUGGCCACCCUGUAUCCGAGUGGCGGUCAGAUCUGAGCAGUCUAGAUCCAAGCACGAAGAAGCAUACAGCGAAGAUCUGCGGGCAGAUCACUCAAGCCUUGGCAUUUCUGCAUGAGAAAGGCGUUUGCCAUGGAGACUUCCGGCCGUCGAACAUUCUCAUGAAGCUUGAUCAGGAUGCCUUACAUGAGAUCGCUCCAUGCGAUAUGGACAGAUUUCUUGGAGCGGCCGAGGCGUAUGAUGUUCAAACAAGAUCAGGGGGGACUCCCCUCCCUAGAGGACCAGAAUAUUGCGUAACAGCGGUUAGUUCCACGUGGUGUCAGAAGCUAUUGAUUCAGGAGGCCGCUGUUGUGGACUUCGGCGGAUCGUUUUUCACCCACAGUCCGAAAGCCGGUAGCUGUAUACCAAGAUCAUACGCGUCGCCAGAAGUCCUUUUCCGUCAAACUAGCGGUGUUGGUGCAGACAUCUGGGCUCUCGCGUGUACAAUCUUUGAGGUUAGAACGGAUGAGCGGCUGUUUGGCACGGACUUUUGGGAGGGCUCCAAGCCGAGUAGGAUCCUCUAUGAGAUUGAAGUCAUCCUUGGUCCAUUAGCAGAACCGUAUAGAGAACCACGGGAUCGUGAAAACCUAGAGGGGCCGAGCGCGAUGCCUGGGCUCAGAGAAGAAAACGAGGAGUCUCAUUUGGCGUCCUUGGAUCAUGAAAGGUCAAGCCACAUUGAUGGCACAGGGUACGACAACAUCCUAGAGGCUAUGCUAGGACGUGAACGAAAGAAAUACCAUUCCCCGUUUGGCGAGCAUAGCUUUGAGCCUCCAAUUAGGUAUCGAUAUGAAAAAGACGAGGUACAAAAGCUCGCUGACCUUCUUGGAUGUCUUUUCAAAUAUAAUCCAGAGGACAGACUAAGAGCUAAAGAUGCUCUUCAGCACCCAUGGUUCCAGACUACUGCAAGUUCGAGAGCAUUAUGCACCAGAACCAGCACUCAAAAGGCCUCAUGGAUUAGUAUAUUUCUGGACACCAUCCGAGGGCUUCACUGGUAG